GCACCCCAUGGCCCAGCGGGACCCCCUUCCGGGAGGGCAGCGCCCAUGUGGAGCAGCGUGGCGAGGCCCCGCCCCGCACGCAGGGGUUUUAGGCGGCCACCCCGGGGCCUGGCAGAGCCAUCGGGGCGCCCCCAGACGGCAAGUGGGGGGCGGGGAACCCCGGAAGCCCGCGAGAACCCAAGUGGGGUGUGUGGUUCCCCGGGGAGGGGGUGGGGGUCCCCUCCGCAGGCCCCGCCCCCCAGGUGGGGCUCCUCCCGGUGGGAGGCGGGGACCCCUCCAGAGCGGGGCGGGGGUGGGGGGACGCCAUGGAGGCCACGCAGGCCCCCAACUUCUCCAUGCUGCAGCCGCCGCCCGCCCGCUGUCUGCACCCCGAGGCGCCCCUGGAGCGCCCCGGGGGGAUCCUCGGCUUCCUCAGGCCCAAUGGCAGGGCGUUCUGGCCGCCUCGCCUUCUCCAGGAGACCCUGGACACCCAGUCCCUGAGGCCACGCUGGGACCCCAAGAUCCUGGGGACCCCAGGACACCCACACCCGUCCAGCGAAGGGCAGAACCCGCAGCCCCAAGCCUGCCCGCCAUGCUGCCGCCGCCGCCUGGGCCUCCCGGGGAUCCCCCAGGCGCCCCCAGUCCAGAGGCGGCCCCGCAAGCAGGCGCACCCGCAGAGGGCCUGCGAGAGAGGGGACCCCGGAUUUGAAGGCGUGACCCUGCGCUUCCUGAUCCAGCCAGAUUCCAGCCUGCGGAUAAUUCCCAGCUACAGCCUGGCCAGCAGCAGCCGUCCCCAGGGGCCCCCGCCAGAGCCCCCCAGGAGUCCCCCAACCCCACCAGGAGGCAGCGAUGCUCUGGGACCCCGGCGCUGUGCUUCCUGUCGGACUCAGAGGACCCCCCUUUGGAGGGACGCGGAGGACGGGACCCCCCUCUGCAACGCCUGCGGCAUCAGGUACAAGAAAUACGGGACCCGCUGCUCCAGCUGCUGGCUGGUACCCAGGAAGAACCUGCAGCCCAAGCGCUUCUGCGGCCGCUGCGGGCUGCCCCUGGGCACCCCCCAUGAUGGAGACCCCAGAUGGAAGAGCCCGGCCUGGGGUCCCAGAGCUACGCUGUCCUGACAUCUCAGAAGAUGCCCUGGCCCUGAACCCCCCCCCCCCCCGCCUUGUACCAUCUGUUAGAAUAAAAGAGCAG